CAUAUUAGUUUAAAGUGUGAAAGGUGUAACUUAAGUACCUGCGUCGCAGAUUAGCGAGAUUAGCCGCAUGCUUUGACCCACACAAACGGUUAAUGUGCACCAAGUAAAGCCUGACCGGUUCCCCACGCGGCGCGUGAAGCGCGUCGCAGCUGCGCGCACAUUUACGCAACCCCGCGGUCUUUUAAAGCGCUCUCCUCUUACUGUACGCUUUAACCGGUUUGAUGUUUGCGGACACGUAGAAACAGAUGUUUAGAUUUUACACAAGAGCGCGUGGUUCUCACGUGGUUCGCGAAGCGCACAAAAUCAGGCUGUUUAUAUUUUAUAUGCAAUUAUAUAGAUUUUUUUUUUUAGUUUUACUAACUCUCUUGUCGAUAUUUGAGUAUUUGGGGCAUGUUUCACAAAACGAGUUUAUAAAAAUUCGACUCGCCGUUCAUUGAUUUUGUUCAGACUAACUGAAAUAAGCUAAGUUGUUUAAUAAAACGGCCGCCGGAGAUCACGCUGUCAAUUGUGUUGCUAGAUUUAGGAAAACCUUUUUACACUUUCAAAUGUUUAGGGACAUGUAUAGCAACUUUUUGGACAAACCUUUUUUAAAUUCUCGUUUGCCUACCGAUACGUAUUCAUCUUUUUAUAGCGAAUUUGCCAUUAUGAUUUAGCUAGCAGUUUUAACUACCUUCAAACGAAAGCAGUCGGCAAGAUCGUAUGAUGACGCAAUCGCGGCAUCACGACGUCAUUUACGUUCGUUCGUCGAUUAGACGCUUUGAUCCGACGCGACUUUUACAAAGCAGCCCUCUUUAGUGACUUAGCGCCUGAAAAUAAGCCGGGCGCACUAUUUUGCGCAGCCCGACGGCGGCCGUUCGUCGCGUUCGGCGGUGUGAUGAAACCCGUGUUUAGACGGUACACACACCGAGCCGGUGUGACGGUGUCCACGGGGUGACUGGGUGAAAGGUGACCCCGGGUGUGCGUCGUGGGGGCGUGCCGUGACGUCACGACCCGAACGUCCGAAUUUACAGUAGCGGUCCAGACCGAACCAGAGCACGGAAAGUUUCCCAGCGCGCCGGCCUCUCCGCGGAUCGCCCCCGACGCGUAAUCAGGGCAAUAAACGCUCUUAACCUUGACUGACCUUACGCGCGCUCGCCGCGAGCAGACAUACGGCGCUUAAGUCCCCCCCCGGCUGCUGCAAGCGUCUGCACGGCAGAUUUCCGCUCGUUUCCACGGUGGCUGCGUCAGGAGAGCUCCGGUCGAGUCACGUUCUCUGGCGCGCAUAUAGCCGUGACACUCGCGCGGACCGAUCCGUAGACCUCGCGUGGAUCCACCGUGCCGCAGGGGUUCCUCAGAAACCGUCUCUCACAUGAUGUACACAAUAACCAGAGGUCCCAGCAAACUUGUUACACAACGGAGAACAGGCCCUACGCAACAGAUUGAGAGCAAAGCGAACGACCUGAAAAAGAAGCAAAGCCACUGGCUUCUACCGGAAUCCCCUGCGCCUAAGAUUGUAUUUCACCAGCUGAACGGGAAGCGGUUCCACAGAUCGACCUCUCCAAAAGUCGAAAAUACUACUGAGGGAUUCACCCCAGCACACGAGGAAAAUGUUCGGUUUGUUUAUGAGGCUUGGCAGGAAGUGGAACAGAAGCUCGGAGAGGGAUCCCAGCCGGAGAGCGGGAAAGGCCCGGUGCAGUACGCGGAGAGAAGCCCCAAUCCCGGCAUGAAGAAUUUUGUGCCUAUUGAUCUGGAGGAGUGGUGGGCCCAGCGUUUCCUGGCCAACAUUGCCAACCUGUCAUGACAGGUGCAUGAUGGGGCGUGAGGAGAUGUGGCUGAGCGGUCCAGACUGAGGCAGUGCAGCCCGACUCUCCCGAGGAGCUCGGGUGAUCACGAGAGAGAGACACUGUAUGAAUUCAGCCCUUCUGAGAAACUGUUGGCCCAGCCGGAGCCAGACUCUCUCUCUCAUGCACACGGAAGAUGAUCGGAGAUUUUUCUUCUGCUUCUCUUUCUUUGUUAGAACGUGAGAUGUCUGUUUUUCUCGGCAGAUCUUUGCAAAAAAAAAAGUGAUGUUAUAAAACAAACAACAAAAAAGUCCAGUAAAAAUUUUUCCAAGA